AUGUCAGAACCUAACAUUAUAAAGGAGUCUUCAUCGGAUGAGGAAGAAACAAUAGCCACCAUUAAUACAGGACCUUCUGCACGCCCUUCAUCACCAGAAACACAAUGUUCAGUUUGUCUUGAUGAAUUAACCAAUCCUAGUCAUACUGAUUCAUGUUUACAUUCAUUCUGUUUUGAAUGCAUACGACAAUGGGCACAUAGAGAAAAUUUUUGUCCACUAUGUCACGCAACUUUCCAUGAUAUUUAUCAUUCUUUUGAUGCUAUGGGCGUCCACAAAACAUAUAAUGUUUAUAGAAGGUUGUAA